GCACGGGGAAACAUGUGAGCGCUCCGAGGACUUUAGUGACACACAACUUUUAUUUUUCUUACGUGCGUGUGUUUUUUUUUCGUUUUGCACCAAACCGCCGCGCUGCGCUCGUGAGGAAUUACAUCUGACAGGAACCACACGGCUUCUCUUUGCAGAACACGCUGUUUUUCUUGGGGGGGGUUUGACUUCUUCUUCUUUUUUUUUCUUCUUCUGCGUCCAUCAGGAUAAAUUGUGUCAUUGUUUUGCUUUUAUUUUGUGCUUUUAAUUGCUCGAGUUGUGCUUCAGAAGCAGGAGCAACACUUAUUUAUUUCCUAAUGAUUUGUCCAGCGCAGUGAAUCCAAAUUCGGACACCUGCUCAUUUUGUUAUUUCCUUUAGUAAUUGGCUCGUGCAGCUCGCAGAACUAGAACCCAGAUUUAAACUAUAUAUAUAUAAAUAUAUAUAUACAUUACAUUGCAGGUUAAGCUCACUCUUUUGGAGAGAGGUGUGGAUUUUUUUAAAUUUUUUUUUACAUUUUUUGGGGGGUUGAUUUUAUGAUUUUUCAUUUUAUAUAAAACUAUGAAGCAUUUGCAAUUCGUGCUCGUCCUGGCCAUCGCGGUCAACGUGUGGGAAUGUGGGGACGCAAAAUUCGGCGAGAGGGGAGAGAUCAGCCCGAGGAGGAGACGCUGUUACGACGGAAGCUCGCCCAAGCGGCUGAAGAAGAGGGAGAGGAAGGUGUUGCUUGACGGCAGCGGCAGCGGCGGCGGCGGCGGCAGCGGAGAAGUUUGCCACAGGUUGUACCCACGAGUGUCCUGCUGUCCCACCAGGAGAGCCGCGUACCAGAUCCUGCACCGCAGGGAUGCCCGGAUUUUCUCCACCAACAACACAGAAUGUGGACGUCUCCUGGAGGAGAUCAAGUGCGCUCGCUGCUCCCCCAAUGCCCAGGUGUUGUUCCACUCCUCGGACAUGGAUAAGAUGCCACACAGGGAGCCAGACCUGCCGCGGCUCUGCCAGGACUUCUGCCGCGAGUUCUACUACACCUGCAGGGGGCACAUACCAGAACUGUUUCAAGCCGAUGUGGAUGAGUUCUGCCAAUACUAUGGGAGGAGAGAUGCCAGUCUAUGCUUUCCAGAUUUUCAACGAAAGCAACCACAAGGGCAAGAUUCCAACUACUUGGGAGACGAGAAACUAGAAGAUAUCAGCAGGAAACACAAACACAACUGCUACUGUGCCCAGGAGGUGUUGAGCGGUCUGCGGCAGCCGGUGUCCGUGGUGCACUGUGGGGACGGAUCUCAGCGGCUCUUUGUCCUGGAGAGGGAGGGAACUGUCAGGAUACUCAACCAUGACCUCGACCUAAUCAAAGAGCCCUUCCUGGACAUCCACAAGCUGGUGCAGAACGGUUUGAAGGGCGGAGAUGAAAGGGGCCUGCUAAGCCUGGUAUUCCACCCCAAUUACAAGAAGAAUGGCAAACUCUACGUCUCCUACACCACCAACCAAGAGCGCUGGGCCAUCGGACCACACGACCACAUUCUCCGUGUGGUUGAAUACACCGUUUCAAGGAAAAACCCAAACCAAGUGGACACCAGGACAGUCCGGGUGCUAAUGGAAGUAGCAGAACUGCAUAGGAAGCACCUAGGAGGCCAACUGCUGUUCGGCCCUGAUGGUCUCUUGCACAUCAUCCUGGGAGAUGGCAUGAUCACCCUGGAUGACAUGGAGGAAAUGGAUGGACUAAGUGAUUUCACAGGGUCCGUACUCAGGGUAGAUGUGGACACGGACUGUUGUACGUCACCAUAUUCAAUACCGCGGGACAACCCGUAUUUCAACAGCACCAACCAGCCACCUGAAAUCUUUGCCCAUGGAUUACAUGACCCAGGCAGGUGUGCAGUGGAUCGUCUUCAGACAGACAACGGCAGUCUCCUAAUCCUCUGUACAGAUGCCAGUGGCAAAAACACAACAUCAGGAAGAAUACUGGAGAUCACUAAGGGUAAAGAUUAUGAAAAUGAGCCCUCUGUCUAUGACCUGCAGUCCAGUGGGGGGGCGCCACCUGUGGGAGGCUUCAUCUACAGGGGCUGCCAGUCAAGAAGACUGUACGGCAGUUAUGUGUUUGGAGAUAAAAAUGGUAACUUGAGGAUCCUCCAGAAGUCUGUGUUGUCAACAUCAGCAAGUGGUGAACAGUGGCAGGAAAAAGCUCUGUGUCUGGGCUCAGCUGGCUCCUGUGGCUCGUUGCUUGUGGGACACAUCUUUGGUUUCGGAGAGGACGAACUGGGCGAAGUCUACAUCCUGGCAAGCAGUAAAAACAUGGCACAGUCGCAUAGUGGGAAACUCUUCAAGUUGGUGGAUCCCAAAAGGCCUCAUGCCCCAAAGGAGUGCCAGCGUCAGGUGGAGCCUCCAGAGCUGCUGAUGACAGCUUGUUCCAGACACUGUAAGAACGGACACUGCACUCCGACUGGCAAGUGCUGCUGCAGCCCAGGCUGGGAGGGACCAUUCUGCCGAGUUGCCAAAUGUGAACCAGCCUGCCGUAAUGGAGGAGUGUGUAUGGAGCCCAACAAGUGCCUGUGUAAGAGCGGCUACUCCGGCGCCCAGUGUGAGAAGAGUGAGCGGGGUAUGCCCAACGACCAAGAGAAAGACGGUAUACUGGACCACAUCAUUGACAUGACCUCGUACCUCCUAGAUCUGACCAGCUAUAUCGUAUAGGGGUGCGCAGGGGGGGGCUGCUCCCUGCCGUCAUCCUCAAGUUGACACAAAUCUACCUACCACCACCAGCAGACUCUAAGGAGGUGUCAUUAAUAUGGCCUCUUAACCUCCCUCACACCCACACAGGCAUGUAUACAUAACAUACAAAUACACACAGGAUCCCCGUCAGACUUCUUUUCAUCCACAUCACCAAACCAAACUCUUCCUCUUUUCGCCUAUAAGCUACUUGCUCUUGAGCACCAGGCCUGGCAUCCAAGCCGUGUUCACAUUUUAGACAGACCUGCAGACAGCAGCGAGAUGAUUGACAAGCAUGGCCAAGUUACGGAAGUUCCACUAAUAUAUUUCCUCUCUCGUUCAGCAAACGUCCGCACACGGCCGACUCCACAGGAACAGAACCUACAUGGGAAUAAGACCAUUUUAACCCAAGACUUUGGAUCUUUUCAGGGGCUGUCUGUUGCCUUACUCAAGAGCCCCCCCCCCAAAAUGGAGUUUGAGGCAUUUCAGUGGAGACAGUUGAUUGUUCAGGAGGAGUGGUGUGGCUCAAGAUCCAAAUUGUGUUCUUGGUCCCUUCAAAAGCCUGCAAAAUAGAUGUGUACACACAAAACACAGACUUUUAAGGAACCUCAGCUUCAGCUGUAAAAAGCUGAGAAGUCUCUGAGAAUCAUGGGUCAGAGCCCACCGUGCUCCACUAUUCUAAAGGCACUAACACAAGAGGGAUAAACCAUGUUGUCUCACUUUUGAUGUUGUAUUUAGUUUGCGGGCACAUUGUCAUAAAAAGCUAUAACAGUAUACUGUGUGUAUACUUUGUUUUGCAACACUCUUUUGCUAUCAAUGUACAGAAUAGAUCUACAACAGAGGACUGUUACCUAAUGCAGGAAUAGGAACGACUGAGUGAGAACAUUGUACUUUGUCAACGCCAGUUUCAUACAAUCUGAAUGGAGUUAUUAGCUCCCAUGCACUGUAUUCAUUUUUGUUUUUAUUAACUUUAUUAUUCAAAAUGAAUUUAAACAUUUAUUAAACGAGCAAUGAGAGUAGUUUCACACACACACACACACACACACACACACACACACACACACACACACACACACACACACACACACACACACACACACACACACACACACUAGAACAGGUAUGGUUCAACAAACUCCUUCCAUGGUGUCACACACUGAAACUGAACCCGGACUCAAAACUACAAAGGGAAGAGAUAGCGCAGUGAUGUAUAUUUCCAAUAGAGCUUACCUAAGUACUACUUAGCAUUGCAAAAAAAAACUAUAGCAUUACUAUUGUUAUCAUAGAGGAGGGUUUAUUUUUUUAAGCGUAAUAAUAUAUGGGAGAGAAUGGUGUUUAUAGAAAGCAGUUUUACACUAAGCUUGUCAGUUCAUGUCAUUUCAUGUUGUACUUAUACAUAUGCAGCUUUUCAAUAAGAAAGACACGUGAGGAUACAAUUCUUUCUACAUUUGUUUUAUUCCAAUAGGAAAGUAAUGCAUGUCUGUGCCUGCCUAGAGUACUUCACAGCAGUUGGCUGAGUCCAUCUAAUUCUUUCCCCCUGACACAUGAUUUUAUUACGACUGUCAGAAACGUGUCUUUGUUGUGAGAUGUUCAAAGAUGCUGUCGGGCCACCAUGUCAUUGUGGAAGCAGCUCGGAGUCGGAGUCAGAUCUUAUCUGUGCAGAGCAGAUUUCAAAUUUACCUGAGGGUCUGUCUAAUGGAGAUAAGCCUGACAAAAAAAAUGGCAAGAUUGAACGUUUCCCUUAGAAAACAGUUAAACACAGGCUGGGAUUGUCUGGACCCACAUCAAUGUGUUAAUUAAAUUCAUUCAGAGCCAUUCACAUGCAGCACAAACGCAUGCAUGCCCAUUUUCACCUGGAGACUAAUAACAGAUCUUAUUACCAACUUUACAUUUGAUCCUUUGCCAUUUCAAAUUCCUUUAAAAAUAUACUUCACAGAACCAUCAGUUAUUGUAUUUAUUGGUUUGAAGGCAAAUACUUUUGAUUCUGCUUCCUCCCCGACUUUUAUUUGAAAAACUGUUUCCAAGUAUGAUGAUUAAUUGACGCUCAUUGUCCAUAAAAGAUGUAUCUGUUGUUCAUCUCCCGCCUCACUUUUGUUUGCUGAAAUAAAACUCUACCUGGUCGAAAUGAGUCAAAAUGGAAUUCAUGCUGUAAAAUGGAAAAUUAUCAUUUUUUUUUUAGCACUUAAUGUGAAAGUUGCAUUGUAGCUGCUGAGACGGCGUGGUGUGAAUAGAAUAACCAUUUUCAUUAUUUAAGUAGUUACACAAAUAAAAUAAUUAUUUAAGUUCUCUGUUGUUUUUACAUUGUACUGUAUGUGACAAUUUUUUUAUUCCUGUAUUGUAAAUAAAACUAGGGAUAACUUUGUUUCUCUUCAGAAAUAUCAAUAUGUCUAUUAAAAUUUAUAGCAUGUCUGAAAAACA